GCUUGGGACGAACAUGGAAAGUAUUGCCUCUUUGGGAGAUAAAAAUGUCUCAUUGCUUCUCAAUUCGUGAUGAUCCGUCGAUUUUUGACACCUGAACUUCAGCCGGGCGAGGGAGGUGUUCUUGCUGCGGCCCUAGACGGGACAAGGAUUAUACAGACCAGGACUAGGACUUGGGAUGACAUUAUACACACGGCAAACCUGCAUGUUGGUUCAUACGACAAAUAGAAUUACGGGGCGAUCUACAGUACAGAAUGAAAUCUCAGCCCAACCAGGUUAUCCCGCCAGGACGACGCGAGGACCCGAGCGCAAAGAGCUGCGCCAUGCAAAGCAACCAUGCCAGCACUACCAUGCAUCCAAUGACAAACACUACAAAGUACAUGAACUCAAGGGGUCUCUCGAAAAACCACAAACGCCCCUCGGCCCGGUCGUUCUUCUCCUUUCCCUGGAUCCGCCCAUCCGGAACGUAUUUGAAAUCAAGGAUGGAGCCACCUCCGAGACCUUGGGAACUGUGGAUGAUAGCGCUAUGCAGCCCUUCCCGACAGAGAUCAAUCACCUUAUCGUCCAGGGCAGGGAUAAAUCGCUGCAGGCUAGCUAAGGUCCACACCAACCAGCAAUGGCCCUUGAAGCAGGCGUAUGAGUACCAGCUGGGCUGUCCCAUACCAAGCUGGUCGCAGAUCUCGUGGCCAUUCAAGACGCGGCUAGCAGCCUGAAUGAACCCAUCCGAGAUGUUGAUGGGUGGUAGAUCCUUGAGGGCCUCAACGAAGUUGUACCCAAUGACAACAGAAGUGGGUGUCACAAGGAGCUCGUUGUAAGCUAAGCUUUCCAUCACAGCCUUAGCUUGUAUUGCUGAAGUGAAGUACUCCUGGGGUGCCCCAAUGACAUGGGCCACGUAUCUCCAAAGGGCAAUGUAAUCUUCGACUUCCUGUUUCUCGGGGGUGAUCCCCAUAAGAGGGAGCUGAAGCCAAGCAUGGUUGCAGCUGAAUGUUGCAAUGGCAUGUAUCGAGUCAAGGGUGUUGAUAGGAAUGCCGUGUGUCUCCUGAUCAAAGAAUCGGCAUUUCGAUGCGGCAACUUUGAGGAUCUGCUGUCUGACCAUGGAGUGCAGAAGACGGACUCGCACAAUCGAUCUAUGCCCUGGUCCACCAGGCUUCACAUGAUCAAGCGAGUGCGUGACUUGAAGAACAAGCUGAAAUGUUUCAAGCAGUCGACGCCGCAAGACACGAGUGCUGAAGCCACCAGUGCGAGCAAGUACUUCGACAACGCUGGUAGACGCAGAGUUCUCUCCAACAAAGCCUUGAAAGGCAAAUCCGAUGAGGUUUGCGAGGGCAUAGCGGUAGAAGAAUUUCUGUCCCCGGGCAAUCUGGCCCCAAUCAACCCAAUAGGGGACAGUAUGAACUUCUGUCCAAAGCUGAGAAAGAACUUGGCUCUGACCGUGGUGAUGAGAAAGUGUUUCGAACAAGUCCUGUCUGCCGACUUGUUGGCCAUCUUUCUUUUGCUGAGCGUGGAUCUCUUGGAUCUCCUUGACAGCAGCAGCUCCAAGUUCAUCACAUUCGUGACGGAGAGGAUCUGUGUGAGAUUUGGGAAUGUGAUCAGUCGUCCAUGUGAAAGAAUGGUUUCCAAUAGUUCGGAGCUCUUCCCGAGUUUCUGAUUGUCCAAAGAACUUCAUAGUGAAAUAGAUGAAAAACUGUUAAAAGUUGAAAAGAGACUUGGUACGAGGCUGACAUUCUGAGAGCAAUUGGACAGGCAUCCUCCAAUUUAAGCUGGGGAUGUCCAAGUGUACCUGAAAGCCAGACUCGGCACACCUCACACAGUUACAUCCCUUGACUCGAAAGAUAAAUUGUGUACUCUUGUUUCUCGGGCUCGUGUAGCGUCCUGCGGACUUCUCCAUUCGUCUAACACACGAUCAACAUCGCGAGGGGGUGACCCGUUGGUGGACUGCUUACUCUUAGUCUCUCACUUCAUGAUUUAGAUCUGAACCAUACCCACGGAGUGUGUGGCCAAUCUGCCAAUAAUUCGUCAAAGAGACCCCUGUCCACCCAUCACCUGGUAUGAUAUGCUCACCCUAGCUGACUACAAUGUCUGGGAAUUAUGAUUCCAUCAUGGCUUAGUUUGUGUCUAGUCUCAAGCUGAAAGAAAAUGACGCGGGAUGAAGGGAAGCUGGCUGAUUGGAACACCGACGAGGCUGGCUUGCGUUCUUUGUUUCCUUUGGGAUAUUUGAGUACUUGUGACGCCCAGAAAGCCGUGAGCUGAUUCCUGCAUGACAAAGAACGCUGUUGUUCCCUCCCCCAUUCUCACCUUCCCCUUUCACUCACUCCCUCUUCAAAAUCUGUACCUGCAGCACUGGCCAUGCAGGUGUUCACUACCAAUAUGGAGUCGAGAAGAACUGUCAUUCUUCCCGACAUGUUCAAAGCAUUCGUGGUCGAGACUCCGCCUAUGAAUCCCAACUAUGAAACAGUCAAGCCUAUAUCCGAGAGGUGGCUUGCAGAAAAAUGUUCCUUCUCAUCUCGAAUGAAGAAUAGGGUUGAGUUCUGCGACUUUGCCAUCUUUAUCUCCAUCGCUGCUCCUGAUGCUCCAUUCGACAAGCUCAAGACGAUGUGCGAUUGGGGGAACUGGGUCUUCCCUUUCGAUGAUAUGUUUGAUGAAGGAUCAUUGAAAUCUGAUCCAAAACGGUCGCAAGUCGUCAUCGAUAGUCUCAUGGCUGAUAUGCUAGACCAGACUUAUACCAGACCAAAGAGCGCUGUAGUCCAGGCCCAUGACGACAUAUUCCGAAGAGUGUCACAGGGCUCAACACCUGGUGCUCGUAGAAGAUUUGCUCUCGCAAUGAAGCAAUACACAGACGGGGUAGUCCACCAUGUGAAGCAAUUCUCUACAAAUAGCAUUCCUGGUAUCCAAGAGAUGCUUGAUACAAGGCGGCUUUCGUCAGGAGUGACGCCUCUGUAUCAUCUGAUAGAAUAUGCUCAUGAUAUCAAGUUACCAGAUGAAGUAUUCCAGGAUCCCAUUAUCCAGAGACUAGAGCUUCUGGGUGCGGACUUUGUCUUGCUGUCCAAUGACAUUUUAUCUUACCGAAAGGAAGAGAAUGAUGACUGCCCGUUUAGCAUGGUCGCAGCUUGUCGAAUGACUGGCCAAUCUCCACAAGAGGCAUUCGAUACAGUCGGAAACCUUCUUGAGGCAAGAUACCAAGAUUGGCAGAAUGCAAUUGAGCAGCUGCCAAGUUGGGGACCUGAGAUCGACGCGAAUGUCGCUCGUUAUAUUCAAGGCAUUCAAAAUGUAGUGCAAGCCAACAUCACGUGGAGGUAUGAGAUUGUUCCCAAAAGUGAAACCGAUUAAAUGUUCACAUGCGACAGCUUCCGAUCGGGGAGAUAUUUUGGGAAACAAGCGCCCGAAAUUCGACGGACGAGAAUGAUUGAUGUGAUGGUUAAUCCACCAUUUUUACAGGCGAGACAAAGUCGGUCUGAGUGGUCAAGAUUGUUCAUUGGAUCAUUUGUCAGACGGUUCUUUGGGUCGUUCGUCAUUUGUUUUAUGUUUGCUUUUUAUUUUACCAUUCUGAAAGGUUGAGGGAGGGGGAGUCACGGACCCGACGAUUCGGAUGACCUCCUUCGGCGUUAAACCGGCUGUAAAUAUUGACCUUGCAUUGAAUAAAAACAUCAAAGCUGAGACAAUUGAUCAGCUUCGUGAUCAAG